GCCCAAUUGGCUUUUGAUUCUGUGGCCAUGGACUGCCUGACUUGACACGACACUUUCUUCUUCCUUCUUUUCUUUCUUCUCUCCCUCAGUACUCCACUACUUACUAAUAAUCAAAAUCAAUUUAAUACUAUUAUUAUUAUUAUUACGUAUGUUUUACUACUAUUUAGUUUUCUUUCCGAACUAUUGGUUCUUCUGUUCUGUUCACUCUCAUCUGUCUCUAACAACAGACAUAAAUAAUAUUUUGUUUUUGGUCCUCUCCCUUUCUUUUGUUUUGUUUUGGGAUUUCUGGUUUGGUUCAUCACAGAAUUCAUUCAUUACUCCAUUUGUCCCAUCAUUCAUCGUCCUAUAAUCGAUCAUCAUCAAUUCAUUGUUUCUUCUUUCCUCCACACUUCCCAGCCCCAUAUCUCUCUCUCCCCUCUUUCACACUUCACACCAUUAAUAUCAAACCCACCCAACAAAAAAAAAAAUUAUCGACCCCUUUUCAAGUUUCAAGUGUUUGUUGUUGAUAUUGGAUUUUCCAUUUGGUUUGGUGGGUUUUGUGUGACUUUUUUUUUUUCUUUUUUUCUCUUUUUGUCUCAGUCUGUCUACUAUAAACUUCUUUCAAGAUUUUUAUGUUUUUGGUUUCGUGGGAGUUUUCUGGGUAAAAGUUCAAUUUUUGAAGUCUCCCAUGUUGGACAUUACUGCCAUUACUGUCGACCGAUCGGGGAAGAAAUGAAGGAUGCGUACACUUUGUGAUGUUUGUGAGAGUGCCGCUGCCAUCCUUUUCUGCGCCGCUGAUGAAGCUGCUCUUUGCCGCGCCUGUGAUGAUAAGGUUCACAUGUGUAAUAAGCUUGCUAGUAGGCAUGUAAGGGUUGGGCUCGCUAUACCGAGUGAUGUUCCCCGAUGUGAUAUUUGUGAAAACGCACCUGCAUUCUUUUACUGCGAAGUGGAUGGAAGUUCUCUAUGUUUGCAAUGUGAUAUGGUAGUUCAUGUUGGAGGAAAAAGAACCCAUGGAAGAUAUCUCCUUUUGAGGCAGAGAGUAGAGUUCCCCGGGGACAAACCUUCGCGUGUGGAGGACCCUGCUACACUUCCUCCUGAUGAAGUUAAAAACAAGCGGGAAAAUAGUCAAUCGCACAAACCAGUAACUGGAGAUAACAAGCAAAAUCACAAGGUCCCUUCUAUCCCACUCUCAGAUGGCAGUUCUGAUGGGCAAGCCAAGAUGGAAAACGAAAUGAUAGAUUUAAACAUGCAGCCUAGUCGGCUGGAUGGCCAAGCAUCCAAUUUCCAGGUCUGAAUUUGCUGCAUAAAUGAUCUGUUUCUUGGCAUAUUGAACUUAAAAUAUGACCAAUGAUAUUGUAUACUUUAUACGUUUGGCUGCUGUUUUAAUGUUUAUUUUGGCUUGAAAAACUAUCCUUGUUCAGAGUAUUUAGGAUAUUGAAACUAUGGAACAUCACUCAAUGGCUAAUUGCCUAAUUGUACUGCUGAGAAGUAAACUUUUCUUUAGUGUUUACUUUUAAUCUCGCCCUUACUGUGACAGGAAUUGUAGUUGAAGAGGCUCUUUUUCUGCUGUGGACAAGAUGGAUUCGAAGUGAGUGCCAAAUGAAGAACUAAACACCCAUGCAGUAGCUUCUACUUGCACUUGGCCUUUAACUAUCUCCAUUAGUUUCUUUUAGGGUCAAUCCCUUUUCCACCUUCUUUUUCCCUCUUUUUCUUGGGAGUAUUCUCAUUGUCUCCCAAGUUUUAUGUUAAGUUUGCAACGCCGCAAAGGAAGCAGAUCUAGUUGGCUAGUAACAUCUUGUAGGGUAGAUUAGUGACUAAGAAGGCAAAAGCUUGUCAUGAACUGAAGUUGGUAGUGUUUUGUUUUUACUUCAUGUUGUGGUGUCUUCUUGAUCUUACCGUCGUUAUGCUGGAACGACUGCGUCUGUAUUGAGUUCCGGAAUUCUUAUGUUGCUCAUAGAAUGUGUAAAGUUGGAGAACGAACCGAAGGCAAAGUUACUCGAUUAGGUUCUUGGCUAAGAGAAUUGAAACUGUCUCAAUUUCUGUGGCCAUUUCGUUAAUUUGUCUAGUGUUUCCAAAAACAAAAGAUUGGUAUUUAUAUACAUGAUAACUCAAUAUCAAUAAAUAACAAGAAUGAAUGUAAUUUAAAGGUAAUUUUGGAUGAUUUCCUCAACAGCUAAUUUGAACUAUAUCUAUGUAUAAGUAUCGAAAAUAGUACAAAUUUCAAG